UAUCAAUUUUAGUGGUCAGUCUGACUAUUUCGUGGCGCUUUCUCCUCGCUCCUCCACCCUGCUCACACCUGCCUCGACUGCUUAUCCUCGCAGCUGCACGUUCUCCGCUGAGCUUCGAAGAAAACUGCAGAUCGAUCUCCGAGUCUGUCCGCCGUCACCGCGCGCUUUCGUUCAUCCUUUUCGCUCCCCGUCUCUCCCUGCGCGGCUGCGUGGUUGCAUCGUGACCAUGUUCGGGGUGCUUUUCCCCAAUCGCAGCUUCCCCUUGGACGUGUCUCGUUUUAAGCAGGUCGAUACCUUCCACUGGGUCCUCGAGAUGAACAUGUUCGUAGGCGACGCGUACGACCAGGUGAAGGAGAUCUGCAUCUUCCUCCUCACCGAGGCCGCAUUGCCGCCCGACCGAGCCCUCGCCGUCUACGUCCAGUCGCCCGGCUCGCAGUUCGAAUACCGCGGAGCCGUCCACGUCGGAUGUCCGUCAGCCGUCCUGCCGCUCCUCUGGCCGGCCGCCGCCAUUCCUACCGGCGCUGUCCUGCCACCGGGCGGCGUCCCUCCGACAGCGCAGAUCGGCAUUUCAGUGGAGCCCCUCGCUUCGCUACCGUUGCAGAACGUCGGGUGGCAGAAGCGGGUGGAGGAGAUGGCGCUUAAAGUGGGGCAGAACCUGUUUAACUACAUGCAGUCGUUUAGUACAGUGCAGGGUAGCAUGCUGCUAGUACCCUCGGAUAUUCUGGACCGGUGGUUCAAGAAGUUUCAGGAUAAAGCCAAAGUUGAUCCGGAUUUCCUCAACCGCUUCAAUGUAUAGCCUGGCCUGCAUUCUUGGAGCAUCUGUCAAACAUGUGUAUCUCUUAUAGUUUGCAUAGACUGUAUA